UCUUCAAACGCCAAGAUGAAUUACGGAUCCGACAUAUACUCUGCCUCUUCCUACCGGAAGAUUUUCGGGGACUCCACUCGAUACUCUGCCUCUCCAUCACGGUUAAGCAGCUCCCGAAGCGGGUUUAAGACCCACUCCGUAACUCGCACCAAUGUCCCAAGCUCGUGCAGGGGCACGAGUCGGUCUACCUUUCCUUCCUCGUCUCUGCAAAGCUUUGAUUUCACCCAAAGUACAGCGAUUAACAAUGAGUUAAAAAUCAUCGAGAAUGAGAAGGAGCAGAUGCAAGGGCUUAAUGACCGUUUCGCGAUUUUCAUUGAGAAGGUUCGAAAUCUGGAGCAGCACAACAAAGUGCUGCAAACUGAACUGGUGACCCUGCGCCAGCGCCAGACGGAACCGUCUCGUCUGGCCGAGCUUUACCAGCAAGAGGUCCGGGAACUGCGCUCCCAUCUCGAUGAACUCAACGCCGAAAAGAACCAGAUGAUGCUCGAACGCGACAACAUUGAAGAUGAUCUCCACAAACUUCAGGAGAAAUUCGAGGAGGAGAUAAGGAUGCGCGAGGAGGCUGAGCAAACGCUCAGAGCUUUCAAGAAGGACGUCGACAGCGCCACGAUGGUGCGCCUGGACCUCGAGAAAAAGGUCGAGUCACUUUUGGAAGAAAUCAACUUCAUGAGAAAUGUGCAUGAAGAAGAGGUGGCUGAGCUCAUGAACAUGAUCCAAUCUAGCCAGGUGUCCAUGGAGAUAGAAGUGGCUAAACCCGAUCUUACCUCCGCGCUUAAGGAGAUUCGCGGCCAGUACGAUGUCGUAGCCACUAAAAACUUGCAAUCUGCCGAAGAGUGGUACAAGUCCAAGUUUGCUGAUCUAAGUGAGCAGGCUAACAAGAGCAACGAGGUCAUUCGGGCUAACAGGGAAGAGCUCAACGAGUUCAGAAGGCAGCUGCAAUCCAAGACUAUCGAGAUUGAGAGUCUGAAAGGAACAAAUGAAUCCAUGGAAAGGCAGAUCCAUGAGAUAGAGGAGAUUCAUAAUGCUGAAGUUAUGGGAUACCAGGAUACAAUGGGGCAGUUGGAAAAUGAGCUGAGGUCCACUAAGAGUGAGAUGGCCCGUCACCUUAGGGAGUACCAGGACUUGCUGAAUGUCAAGAUGGCACUUGACAUUGAAAUUGCUGCUUACAGAAAACUGUUGGAAGGGGAGGAGACACGUAUUAGCACUGGGAUCACCUACCCCACCCCUUGCCCUAUGUCCAGCUACAGCUACCAGUCCCGCAUAUACAGCAGCACUAGUGUGAGCGGAAGGAAAGAGGUAAAGGAGGACAAUGACAAUCAGCAGAGCAGCUCCUCCCAGUCUGACGACUCCAAGAAGAGUGAGAAGAAUGAUUCUGGAGACAUGAAUCCCACCAGUCAGAAAAACUAAAUGUCUCUUCAUUCCUCUCCAUCAUCUGCAUCCUCCAUUACUCAUUAUCUGUUACCCAGCAAUUUCCCUACACAAAGGGGGUCUCACAGAGAAAUCCAGUUUAUCUCAAUCUCAUCUUUCUCUUCACUAACCACCAGUCUACAGGGCACAAGUCCCUCUGUAGGAAACCCAUUCACACACCCCUGGUGUCACACUCUGUAUUUCAUUAAGUCCAUAAAUUGUUUAUAGAAACAGUUUACCUCUCCAAGGCUACACUCAGAUUCCAGUGUUGUGUUGAGACUGUAAGGUGCACUUUUAACAGGCAUCUCAGGACAUAUAUUUGAUUAAAUAUGUUUGUGGGUCUAAAUGGUCUUUUAUAAAGCAAAUGUUUAAAAUACUCACCCUGAUAAUUGCAAGUACUUCAAUCUAGCAACAAAUACAUGCAGCAUCAAUGUUGCUCAUAGUGCAUUUAGACAAAGAACAUAAAAGCUUUAAGGUAACAGUACAGAAUAAAUAAUCAAUUAAAGUCUAGUCAACAGGCAAAUACUUCUCCAAGACAUUUGAACACUGCAUGAGGUGUAUAUACUGUUUGCAUGGUUACUUUAGUGGGCCAUCAAGCAAUCUUUCAUUUUUAGGAAAUAAGAGCAUAUAAUCCACUGCUAUCAUAGCGGUGUGUGUCAUCCCUCUUAAGUAGACUACAUUAGGUUGCUAACAAAUGGAGUGUCUGAGGAAGUGGGAUUUAGAAGGUAAUGUUAUGCAGAAGACGUUCACAUGCUGCUUGUGACAUUCUAAUAAUAGUUCAAUAAUAUCCAAUAUCAUAUAAAUGGUGUAGUUGAUGAAUCAACUCUAUCAACACUAAUUGAUUCAUAUUAAUUAAUCUUGAAAUGAUUUUGCUCAUAUUGUAGAAAAGAAAGAGAAAACACGAUGAAACAGUGUGUAUGUUAUGAAAUGUGUAUUUGUAGAAAAGGGCCUCUUUGAGCAAACCUUAAGCUUUACCCGCUGUCCCUGAGUUUGUGCAAAGCACGGAACAGAAUUACAGAGAUUAAAAAUUUACCACAAACACCAGAUCUACUCUUUGACAGACCUCCAGAAACCAUGCAUCAACACUGAAUCCUUUGUUAACUUUAUAACUUUUAAGAUUAAAUGCUUGUGAAUUUCCACAUCACCACCUGUCACACUGCCAGGUUUUGAUACUUCUUGCCUCUAUAUUUGUCCUGUCUUUAUUAAGCCUGACUUGCCAUACUCUAUCUCUCUGUGAACAGACUAAACAGAAAGAUAUGGUUUGACAUUGUCACUGAAAUGAUCUUAAACCUAAUACAUAAGUAUUUAAGAAUAGACUUAGAGUUUCUUCUCUGUUUAAAUUCCUUUUUCCAAUAAACACUGUGAUGUUGGUAUAUGCUAAACUGCAGGACAAUGUUACACAAAUUUAGAACCUUGUCUUUGACAAAUGCUUUUGUUAAAGAAUAGACUGGACUGAUUUCAUACCGCCCCUAUGUUUAAAUCGAAAGAGAGGCAGAGGUGGGAUAGGUUUCAUUUGCACACACAGCCAAUCUUAUAUUGUUUUUAAACGCAUCAUUUAUUUAUUCAUGUCAAAGACACCCGAUGGUAGGCCAAACCAUUGUAGUCUAUCUCUUCAUCCUGUUUUCAUCCAACCUCUGCCUCGUUUUUGAUUUCAACAUUGCGACGUAGUGGAAUCAGUCUAUAGCAACAUAUAUAGUCGGUUUGAAGCAGAAAAGAAGAAUAUCUGCACUGACAAACUUUAUAACAGAAUAUGCGAUCAAGAUUCUUCUUCAUAAAAAGCAUAAAAAUGGCAAUCCAUCCCAAAAUGCAUUUGGUUAUGAAUGCUCUAUGUUAUAGAUUAUAAAAAUGCCUUACGCCACCAGCAGCUUUCUAAAUCUGGCAGGGUGUGCUC